CAGACGUAUGUAGUUCCCGUACGGUUAUCGCAUGCGCAUGAAGUCCGGACCGUGUACAUGUAGUGGUGUGCAUGCAGCCGCGUCGUAGCCAGUGGCGCUGAAAUUAUUUGCAAACAUCUUUGCAAUUCGUUCAUGAAUAUUGUUCUCAACAAACCGGACGCAAGACGUGGAAGAGACAAUAUGGGCGAAGAACCAGGAAAGUUAUUUAUAGGAGCUGUCAGCAGCCAGGUUUCAAAAGAGGAGUUUCAAGCCUUCUUUGAGAAGUUUGGUGAGGUUUCGGACAUCGUCUUGAUGAUCGACAAAGAUACCAAUCGAAACCGAGGGUUUGGCUUUGUCACUUUCAAGGACCCAUCCUGUGCUACAAAAAUCCUUUCGUCACCACAACCUCUGAAGCUACAUGGACGAGCACUCGACCCCAAACCUAGCGUCCAGCGGGGACAGCUGGUCCCUCCCCCUGAUCGGCCGCCGCAGAAUAGAAGCCUGGACAAGAAAGUCUUCGUGGGCGGGGUCUCCCAGAGCACCGACGACGCAGCCCUCAAGAAUUAUUUCAACAGCAACAAUUAUCCGGUCAAAGAAGUGGUGCUCAUGCAUGACAACCUAACAUUGAAGAGCAGAGGUUUCGGGUUUGUCACCUUCCUUGACGACGCCACGGUGGAAAGUGUCUGCAGGCAGCGAUUUUUCAACAUUGAUAACAAAACGGUGGAAUGCAAGAAGGCGGAGCCCAGGGGCGGCAAGCAUGACAUGGGGCCCGGCCACGGCGGGGGUCCUGGCGGGCCCGGGGGUAACUUCAACCAGAUGCAGAGGGGCGGGCCCCACGGUGGGGGGCCCAAUAUGGGCGGGGGCUACAACCAGGGCUGGAACCAAAACCCCAACUAUGGCAACAACCAGUUCAACCAAGGCGGCGGCAACUAUGGACAACAAGGAGGUUGGGGUGGACAGCCACAACAGCCACCCAUGGGCAACUAUGGCCAGCAACCCCAACAGCAGCAGCAGCAGCAAGGCGGCUUCAUGCCCCGCGGCGGAACCAUGCCCAACCAGGGGGGCUUUGGGGGACAGUACAACAACGGCAACGCAGGGUACAACCAACAGCGACCUCAGCCCCAGCAAGGGGGGUAUGGUUACAACCAGCAACAGCCGCAGCAACAACAACCGCAGCAGCAGCAGCAACCGCUGCCACAGCAGCAACCUCCUCAGCAGCAACAACAGCCGCAGGGAAAUUAUGGACGGCCCAAUGCAAGGGGUGACGGCCAUCCUCCCAAGAGUCCACGAUUUGCUAAAUCCUUAGGCCAGCCACAGAACUACAACAGCUAUGGGAACUACGGCCAGCAGCAGCCAAGCCAACAGCAACAACAGCCGGACAGUUACAGAAACCAGGCCCCAGCCCAGACCAACCAGGGUUACAAUACCGGCAACUAUGGGGGUCAGACACAAGGUACAUAUCCCCAAAGUGCAGGGAAUAUGGGCAACUACCCCCAGGAGGCCUCUGGCUAUGGUCCGCAGCGGGUCAACUACAACCAACCCCAGACCAACUUCACCCAACCCCAGGGCGGUGGGUAUGGUGCUGACAUGAGCGGCGGGUUCACGGCCCCAGCCCCUCAGCAGCAGCAGCAGCAGCAGCAACAGCAGCCGCAGCAGCAUCAGCAGCAGACCCAGCAGCAGAACUACCAGCCGCAACAAGACAACACCCAAGACAUGUACAGUGGGGGUCCCGCCGCCCCUGGUAACUUUGCCCGCGGGGGUAACAACGCUGCCUUGCCGUUCCACCCCUACAGGCGAUAAAAAGAGACAAACAAACCUGUAUACCACUCUGGCAAAUACCUCACACUUGUACGAAGAACACUGGUCCAAACUUGACAUUUAAUAGGCCUUAAUUUCGAUUUUGAGCGCAAGAGAGCAAAAGCUCAAACGAUACAUUUUUACAAUCUCUAAAUACGAGAGUUGAGUCAAAAUAAUAAAGUGCUUCAAUUAAUCAAAUGUUUUUCAGUAUUAAAAAAAUGGGGCAUAUAGGAAAUUUGUGGACAUGGCUGGUGUGUUGUACAAAUUGCUGCCGUCAAUGCCAUCCGAUUCAAAUAUUGAAAAGAUUGAAAGAGUAUGAAAUAUUCCUGACACGGUGAGCUUCAAUUUAAAAGUCGAGGUUUGCAUUGUUCCCUUUGACCUCAUGUACAUAAUUUCUGAAUCGUGCACCUCGCAAGUCAAUUCUGUUCUGAAGCUCAAGCAGGCAAAUACGCUUAUCCGCAGAAUGCGAAGACACUUUUAUUACACUUGUUGCCGUACAGACCCUAUCUCCCAAUAGUACGAAACGCAAGCCUAAAAAAUGAAAUUUCUCAGGAUCGUUUCAUGUUGGCAAUUACCUUGAAUGUUUAACGACAUACAACUGGUAAGCGUCUAUGUAAUAUAUAUUGCUGUCACAAUCUGUUUUUAAAAGUGUUGGUAAUGAAUGUAAAAAAAAAAAAAAAACCACUGUAUUGCUUAACCGGAAAUUUAUUCUCGUCCUGAAGCUGUAAAUGCGCUUCUAUUUUAUUAAGCACAAGUGGACUUCACAAUUUCUGUUUAAUAGAUUUAGUGGUGGAUAUGUACAUGUACAGUAAGGUCAUUCUCAGUAGAUGUUUCAAGUCAAAAGUUUUGUUAAAAUUAAUGCAAGUAGCUACAGGCAGUCUGUUGUGAAACUCAUUUUUGACUCUUUCUUCAGGGCUCAAUCACAUUUUUUAAUUGAUUUUAUUAGUUUGUUUUGUUUGUCAGCAUUACACCAACAUUGUAAAUAAAUUGCAUUUGUAGUUUUGUAGUGAUCUCUUCAACAUGUAUUUUAAGUGUUCUUCUUUAAUACUUGGGUACUUUUUUCGGCAACAUGAGUUUUAACACUGUUACCCCCAAUUUGUUUUCGGUGUUGCUCUUUUGGGGAUGAAUUUCUAGGAAGUGUGAACCAAAUUUUAUUAGAUAUUGCCUAUUCUUGGAUUUUGUUCCAUUCUGCCUGGGGUUGAAGAAUGUUGUAUUCAGCUUCUGGAUUAGGAAAUUCCAAACCUUUGUUUUAAUGGAUGAAAGAAAAUGUAUUUCGUUUUUGAUAUUUUUUAUUUGGCCAUUUUUUUUCCCUUUUUUUUUACAAGCUUUCCUUUGAUUUUUAGUUUCAUCUUGACACAAAAUGUGUAAAAGUGUGAAAGCAUUUUUUUUUAUCCAAGUUUUUUAAAAGAAAGGAAGUAUACUGAACUGCGAGAUCUAAUUGCUGCAAAUGUCAUCGAUGAAUAAAAAAGUGACAAUGAAAAA